AUGCAAAGGUGCACCACAAGGUGGAAAACGAAAAGGUGGCUUUUGGAUUCCACUGUAACCAAACUCAUCACUUUAUCCCUUGUCCUCCUUCUUCAGGCUCCAAAUGUCAGAGCAGCUGAACAUGUGGACGUGCUAAAAGUAUUAGAAUUUCACAAUACACCUGAAGGAGUGCGGAAAACAUCAGGAUUUUGCACACACAGAAAAGCAUCGCAGCCAGACACAGCCUACAGGGUUGGAAAGCAGGCCCAAAUCAGUGCCCCCACCAAGCAGCUUUUCCCAGCUGGUGUGUUCCCUGAGGAUUUCUCCAUCCUUACCACCAUCAAGCCCAAGGCUGGGAUCCAGUCUUUCCUCCUGUCCAUCUACAGUGAGAAAGGCAUCCAGCAGCUGGGCGUGGAGCUGGGCCGCUCUCCUGUCUUUCUGUACGAGGACCAGACUGGCAAACCUGCCCCCGAGGAUUACCCCCUGUUCCGCUCCCUUAACCUGGCUGAUGGAAAGUGGCAUCGUGUGGCUAUCAGUGUGGAGAACAAGAAUGUCACCAUCAUCGUUGACUGCAAGAAGAAGAUUACCAAACCACUGGGCAGGAGUGAUCAUGCUGGCAUCGACACCAACGGCAUCACGGUUUUUGGCACCAGAAUUUUGGACGAGGAGGUCUUUGAGGGUGAUAUCCAGCAGUUGCUGAUUGUGGCUGAUCCUAAAGCAGCCUAUGACUACUGUGAGCACUAUAGCCCAGACUGUGAUACCCCACACCGUGAUACACUGCAGGCGCAGGAACCUGAGGAAGAGUACACAACUGGUUUAGAUUACGGUGAAUUGUAUGAUUACUAUGAGGGAACCACUACCACGGCAACCGAUGAAUAUUCUGACCCUCAGGUAAAAAGAAGAACAAUUACUUGUGCUCAUCCUAUGUUAAUCCUCCCUCUCUCCUUCCUUUUCUUCCUUCUCAAUGUGACACAACUUCAGCUAACCAAUAUAGAUGGAGAGUACUAUACUGACAGGGACUACGGAACGAUAGAUGCUACUCAAACUCAGUCUCCCAUUGACCCUACUGGACCAAAUGAGGAGCCUACCGCUGUCCCAGAGGCCAUGGAGCCCACCAACACUGCUGACCCUGGAGCGGACGCGUAUGACUUUAAGGAGUAUGACCUUAAGGAGUAUGACUUGAGCGAACUUGACAAAAAUCAGUAUGAAUACGGGGCAUAUGAUGAGUUGCCAAAUCCCACUGCCACUUAUGAGGAUGAGGUUGGUCCUGGGGUUCCUGCCGAAACUGAUGUGGUGGAAACAGAGGUUGGCGGAGGGCUUGGCUAUUUGGGUCAGAAGGGAGAGAAGGGAGAGCCAGCUGUCAUUGAGCCUGGAAUGCUGAUUGAAGGACCCCCUGGACCACCAGGCCCAGCUGGUCUUCCUGGUCCCCCAGGUCUACAAGGUCCUCCUGGCCCCUCUGGAGAUCCUGGUGAUAGGGGUCCCGCUGGGCGUGCUGGCCUUCCUGGAGCGGAUGGUUUGCCAGGACCUCCUGGCACCAUGCUGAUGCUGCCAUUCCGUUUUGGAGGGGAUGGGGAGAAAGGCCCAGUCGUAUCUGCUCAGGAAGCUCAGGCCCAGGCCAUUCUCUCCCAGGCCAGGCUCGCCAUGAGAGGCCCCCCAGGCCCAAUGGGUCUUACUGGAAGGUCCGGCCCUGUGGGUAUUCCUGGAGCUCCUGGACUGAAGGGUGAGAGUGGAGACCCUGGUCCUCAGGGCCCCAGGGGUGUUCAAGGUCCACCAGGACAAUCUGGAAAACCUGGCAAGAGGGGUCGUGCUGGAGCUGAUGGCGCUCGUGGAAUGCCUGGGGAGUCGGGGGCCAAGGGUGACAGAGGCUUUGACGGACUUCCAGGUCUUCCUGGUGAGAAGGGGCACAGGGGAGAGUUUGGACCCCCAGGACCCCCGGGUCCCCCUGGAGAGGAUGGACAGAGAGGUGAGGACGGAGAGAUUGGGCCAAGAGGAUUGGCUGGUGAGACUGGGCCAAGAGGUCUACUUGGUCCAAGAGGUCCUCCUGGACCACCUGGGCAGCCUGGUGUUGCUGGUGUUGAUGGUCCUCCUGGUCCAAAAGGAAACAUGGGACCUCAAGGAGAGCCAGGUCCUCCUGGACAGCAGGGGAUUCCAGGGACUCAAGGUCUGCCUGGCCCUCAAGGCCCUAUUGGACCACCUGGUGAAAAAGGCCCUCAGGGCAGGUCUGGUUUGCCCGGUCUACCUGGGUCCGAUGGUCCUCCUGGUCACCCUGGAAAAGAAGGCCCCCCAGGAGAGAAGGGAGCUUUGGGUCAGCCUGGCCCUCAAGGGCCCAUUGGUUACCCAGGACCUCGAGGUGUGAAGGGUGCUGAUGGAGUCCGUGGACUGAAAGGGGGAAAAGGAGAGAAGGGUGAAGAUGGUUUCCCAGGAUUCAAAGGAGACAUGGGUCCCAAAGGCGACAGGGGUGAGCUCGGUGUGUCUGGACCUAGAGGUGAGGAUGGACCUGAGGGACCCAAGGGUCGUGCAGGCCCCAACGGUGAAUCUGGUCCAAUGGGUGCUGCUGGCGAAAAGGGCAAACUUGGUGUUCCAGGAUUGCCUGGCUACCCAGGAAGACAAGGGCCAAAGGGUUCGACCGGUUUCCCUGGAUUCCCAGGAGCAAACGGAGAGAAAGGAGCCAGGGGCGUGGCAGGGAAACCCGGUCCAAGGGGGCAAAGAGGCCCAACAGGUCCACGAGGUGCUCGGGGUGCCAGAGGUCCUACAGGAAAGCCAGGCCCUAAGGGCACAGCGGGCAACGACGGUCCACCUGGCCCGCCUGGCGAACGAGGACCUCAAGGACCCCAAGGCCCCGUUGGCUUCCCAGGGCCAAAAGGCCCCCCUGGACCACCUGGAAAGGAUGGGUUGCCCGGUCACCCUGGCCAGCGUGGAGAGACGGGUUUCCAAGGCAAGACAGGUCCACCCGGCCCAGGUGGUGUUGUCGGACCUCAGGGACCUACAGGAGAGACUGGCCCUAUUGGUGAAAGAGGACACCCCGGACCCCCUGGCCCUCCUGGUGAGCAGGGACUUCCUGGUGCUGCAGGGAAAGAGGGAGCUAAGGGAGAUCCUGGUCCUCAGGGAGCCCCUGGAAAAGAUGGUCCACCUGGUCUGAGAGGAUUCCCAGGAGAGAGAGGUCUCCCUGGAGCUCUGGGUCCAGCUGGUUUGAAAGGAGCAGAGGGUCCACAGGGUCCUCCUGGCCCAGUCGGUUCCCCUGGUGAGAGAGGCGCUGCUGGACCUGCUGGUCCCAUUGGCCUGCCUGGGCGCAGUGGCCCACAGGGUCCACCCGGACCAGCCGGAGAAAAAGGAGCUCCUGGUGAGAAAGGUCCACAGGGCCCAGCUGGUCGAGAUGGAGUUCAAGGGCCAGUGGGUCUGCCUGGUCCCGCUGGACCCCAGGGUCCACCUGGAGAGGAUGGUGAUAAGGGAGAAGUUGGAGAGCCAGGUCAAAAGGGAAGCAAAGGAGACAAGGGUGAACAGGGUCCUCCUGGUCCAGCUGGUCUUCAGGGUCCAAUUGGUGCCCCAGGACCUGCUGGUGGUGAUGGAGAGCCUGGUCCCAGAGGCCAACAGGGUAUGUUUGGACAGAAGGGAGAUGAGGGUGCCAGAGGCUUCCCUGGACCCCCAGGUCCAAUUGGCCUACAGGGUCUUCCUGGACCUCCAGGUGAGAAGGGAGAAAAUGGAGACGUUGGUCCAAUGGGUCCCCCAGGUCCACCUGGUCCCAGAGGUCCUCAAGGUCCUAGUGGAGCUGAUGGUGCUCAAGGUCCACCUGGAGGUGUAGGGCCAAUGGGAUCUGUUGGUGAGAAGGGUGAGCAAGGUGAAGCUGGCAAUCCUGGACCCCCUGGUGAGCCAGGAACAGGAGGUCCCAAAGGUGAGAGAGGAGAGAAAGGAGAGGCUGGCCCACCUGGAGCAGCUGGUCCCCCUGGUGCUAAAGGACCUCCUGGAGAUGAUGGCCCCAAGGGUAACCCUGGACCUGUUGGCUUCCCUGGAGAUCCUGGUCCCCCUGGUGAGCCUGGAGUUGCUGGAACUGAUGGUGGCCCAGGAGAAAAAGGAGAAGAUGGUGAAUCUGGUCAACCUGGUCCUCCCGGUCCAUCUGGAGAAGCUGGUCCCCCAGGACCUCCUGGCAAGAGGGGACCACCUGGCGCUCCUGGAGCAGAGGGCAGACAAGGAGAGAAAGGCGCCAAGGGUGAAGCAGGAGCAGAGGGUCCACCUGGAAAAACUGGCCCUGUUGGCCCCCAGGGACCACCUGGUAAACCUGGUCCUGAGGGUCUCCGAGGAAUCCCUGGCCCUGUGGGUGAACAAGGACUUCCUGGCUCCCCCGGACAAGAUGGCCCACCUGGACCAAUGGGACCCCCUGGUCUACCUGGUCUGAAAGGUGAUCCUGGCUCUAAGGGUGAAAAGGGUCAUCCAGGUCUGAUUGGUCUAAUUGGACCCCCUGGUGAGCAAGGAGAGAAAGGAGACCGAGGUUUGCCCGGUCCACAGGGGUCGCCAGGCAGCAAGGGUGAUUCUGGAGUCAGUGGUGCAGGUGGUCCUAUUGGUCCUCCUGGUCCUCCUGGAUUGCCUGGUCCACAAGGUCCAAAGGGUUCCAAGGGUUCAUCUGGUCCAGCUGGUCAGAAGGGAGACACUGGUUCCAUUGGACCUCCUGGUCCUCCAGGUCCUCCUGGUGAGAUCAUCCAGCCUCUCCCCAUCAUGUCACCCAAGAAGACCAAACGCUCUGCUGACAUGCAGGCUGAUGAAGCCAUAAUGGAUUACGGUGAAGGCAUGGAAGACAUCUUCAGUUCUCUCAACAAUCUCAAGCAGGACAUCGAGCGUAUGAAGUACCCCAUGGGUACCCAGAACAACCCAGCCAGGACCUGCAAAGACUUGCAGCUCUGCCAUCCAGAGUUUCCAGACGGCGAAUAUUGGAUUGAUCCCAACCAGGGUUGCUCAGGGGACUCCUUCAAAGUGUACUGCAACUUCACAGCAGGAGGAGAAACCUGCAUCUAUCCGGAUAAGAAGUCAAAUGGAGUCAAGAUAUCUUCUUGGCCCAAAGAAAUUCCUGGGUCUUGGUAUAGUGAAUUUAAGCGUGGUAAAAUACUGACAUACGUGGAUGCAGAGGGCAACUCAAUAAACAUGGUUCAGAUGACAUUCCUCAAACUACUGACGGCCUCAGCCAGGCAAAACUUCACCUACAACUGCCACCAGUCAGUAGCCUGGCAUGAUGCCACAACAGACAGCUAUGACAAGGCGCUGCGCUUCCUAGGCUCCAAUGAUGAGGAGAUGUCUUAUGACAACAACCCCUACAUUAAGGCCCUCUCAGAUGAGUGUGCGGUGAGGAAGGGCUAUGGAAAGACUGUGAUGGAGAUUAACACUCCCAAAAUCGAUCAGGUUCCAAUCGUCGAUGUGAUGUUGAAUGACUUUGGGGAUCCCAACCAGAAGUUUGGAUUUGAAGUUGGUCCUGUCUGCUUUCUUGGCUAA